ACCAUUUUCAUUUGUUUAACUCAUCGAUAAUCAAUGGCGAAAGAAAUUGAGAAAUCUUUGCCGGCGGAGGAAUCUCUGAUAGAGAAGAUCGACGAGAAGAUUCACCAUCACGAUUCAUCGUCAUUGUUUGAAGCCGAGUACGAGAAACCAGAUUCGCCUUCGGCUGUGAAGGCCAAGAUAUAUCGCCUUUUUGGCAGAGAGAAGCCUGUUCACAAGGUUCUCGGUGGUGGAAAGCAUACGGUUUGCUGCUGAGAUGUUCCAUGACUUUCACGAAGAAGUAAUAGCGACUGCUUCGAUACCAAAUCCACCAGUUUUUGUCUCCCGGCAUUCCCAUUUCUCAAAAAAAGUCCCUAACUUUUACUUGUUUAGCUGACUUGCAAUUUGUUUUAAUCUAACCCUCAUGCUUUUUAAUUUUCAGGUUUUGACAAAUGGAAUAGAAGUGAAGUUGCAGAGGAAUGCGCUUAGUGUCAUUGAAGCUCCUACAGGGAACGAAGAAGACAAUGAUAUUGAAGUCGAGCAUACGCAGUGGAACCCCUCAGAUAUAACAAUGGAGGACACGUUGCAGCCACAUAAGUCAAAGCAAAGAGGACACAGAUCAGUGCGGUUAUCUCAUAAGACAAUGUGUAGGGCCUUAUCUUGUGACUCACACUUAAAAAGCUUGAGUUUGGCUCCUCGUAGGGACCUGAAGGUUGAUCUUAGCAAACUGGAUAUGCCUGCAUUACUUAGAUAUCGGCGACAUUUUAACCUCCUGCUUCGUGGUGAUGUUGGACUUCUUGUUACUGAUAUGGCAAUGGAAGAGGUUGAAAGCUUAUUUAACGCAUAUGAGGAUUCUGAAUUGUAUCCAUUGUAUCCAUGUUUUGUUCGUUACAUGUUUGUAGAAUAUCAAAAUUAUCUUCUCGAGUCCUAUUCUAGGAUUCUUGACUGAAACACACAUAUCUAUCUUAAUAUUUUAGAUGUAAU